AUGGCGCACGCUGGCGGCGGCGGCGGCGUCGGCCCUGCGGGCCGGGGGCUGAGCGGCGCCCGCUGGGGUCGCUCGGGCUCCGGGGGCCACGAGAAACUGCCGGUGCACGUGGAAGACGCCCUCACCUACCUGGACCAGGUGAAGAUCCGCUUCGGCAGCGAUCCUGCCACUUACAAUGGCUUCCUGGAAAUCAUGAAGGAGUUCAAGAGCCAGAGCAUUGAUACUCCUGGCGUCAUCCGACGAGUGUCGCAGCUCUUCCAUGAACACCCUGACCUCAUUGUUGGAUUCAACGCUUUCCUUCCUCUCGGCUACAGAAUAGACAUUCCCAAGAAUGGCAAGUUAAACAUACAGUCGCCUCUGUCGAACCAGGAGAAUUCGCACAACCACAGCGACUGUGCAGAGAACGUGAAGCAACAGGUGCUGUACAAGGAGGACAAACCCCAGGUGCCCUUGGAGUCCGAUUCCGUGGAGUUCAACAAUGCCAUCAGCUAUGUGAACAAAAUUAAGACCCGCUUUCUGGACCACCCGGAAAUCUACAGGUCCUUCCUGGAGAUACUGCACACCUACCAGAAGGAGCAGCUGAGCACGAAGGGCCGUCCCUUUCGAGGCAUGUCUGAAGAGGAGGUGUUCACCGAGGUGGCCAACCUCUUCCGCGGCCAGGAGGACCUGCUCUCCGAGUUUGGACAGUUCCUGCCUGAAGCCAAGCGCUCCCUGUUCACAGGAAAUGGGCCAUGCGAAAUGAAUAGUGUUCAAAAGAGCGAGCAUGAGAAGAAUCUGGAGCAUAGCAAAAAGCGCUCCCGGCCCUCCCUCCUCCGUCCCGUGUCUGCACCAGCAAAGAAGAAGAUGAAACUCCGUGGCACCAAAGACCUGUCCAUCGCCACCGUGGGCAAGUACGGCACUCUGCAGGAGUUCUCUUUCUUCGACAAGGUGCGCCGGGUGCUGAAGAGCCAGGAGGUCUAUGAGAACUUCCUCCGCUGCAUCGCCCUCUUCAACCAGGAGCUGGUGUCCGGCUCUGAGCUCCUCCAGCUGGUUGGCCCGUUCCUAGGGAAAUUUCCAGAACUCUUUGCACAGUUCAAGUCCUUCCUGGGGGUGAAAGAGCUGUCCUUUGCCCCACCCAUGAAUGACAGAUCUGGGGACGGAAUAAGCCGGGAGAUUGACUAUGCCUCGUGCAAGCGCAUCGGAUCCAGCUACCGGGCGCUCCCCAAAACCUACCAGCAGCCCAAGUGCAGCGGGAGGACAGCCAUCUGCAAAGAGGUGCUGAAUGACACCUGGGUGUCCUUCCCCUCCUGGUCUGAGGACUCCACCUUCGUCAGCUCCAAGAAGACGCCCUACGAGGAGCAGCUGCACCGCUGUGAGGAUGAGCGCUUCGAGUUAGACGUUGUCCUGGAGACCAACCUGGCCACAAUCCGGGUGUUGGAGAGCGUCCAGAAGAAGCUGUCCCGCAUGGCGCCAGAAGACCAGGAGAAGUUCCGGCUGGACGACUGUCUGGGGGGCACGUCAGAAGUGAUCCAGCGCCGCGCCAUCCACCGCAUUUACGGCGACAAGGCCCCAGAGAUCAUCGAGAGCCUCAAGAAGAACCCUGUCACCGCCGUCCCCGUCGUCCUAAAAAGGCUGAAGGCCAAGGAGGAGGAGUGGCGGGAGGCCCAGCAGGGCUUCAACAAGAUCUGGCGGGAGCAAUAUGAGAAGGCGUACCUCAAGUCCCUGGACCACCAGGCCGUGAACUUCAAGCAGAACGAUACCAAGGCCCUUCGCUCCAAGAGCCUGCUCAACGAAAUCGAGAGCGUCUAUGAUGAGCAUCAGGAGCAGCACUCGGAGGGCCGCAGUGCCCCCUCCAGCGAGCCGCACCUCAUCUUCGUGUACGAGGACAGGCAGAUCCUGGAGGACGCGGCCGCCCUCAUCAGCUACUACGUGAAGCGGCAGCCAGCCAUCCAGAAGGAGGACCAGGGCACCAUCCACCAGCUGGUGCACCAGUUCGUGCCCAGCCUCUUCUUCUCCCAGCAGCUGGACCUGGGUGCAUCUGAGGACUCUGCCGACGAGGGCCGGGCCAGCCCCCCGGGGCAGGCUGCAGACCCUGGCGGCGACCGGAAGAAGCCAGCGCCCGGGCCUCAGAGCAGUCCCCCAGAGGAGAAGGGGGCCGCAGGCGAGGCGCCGGCCCCGGAGCCGCAGCCACCGCAGCACAAGCCCCUGGAUGACGUCUACAGCCUCUUUUUUGCCAACAACAACUGGUAUUUCUUCCUGCGCCUCCAUCAGACGCUGUGCUCCAGGCUGUUGAAAAUCUACCGCCAGGCGCAGAAGCAGCUUCUGGAGUACCGCACGGAGAAGGAGCGGGAGAAGCUGCUGUGCGAGGGCCGCCGUGAGAAGGGCAACGACCCUGCCAUGGAGCUUCGGCUGAAGCAGCCGAGUGAAGUGGAGCUGGAGGAGUACUACCCGGCCUUCCUGGACAUGGUGCGGAGCCUGCUGGAGGGCAGCAUCGACCCCACGCAGUACGAGGACACGCUGCGCGAGAUGUUCACCAUCCACGCCUACGUGGGCUUCACCAUGGACAAGCUGGUGCAGAGCAUCGCCCGGCAGCUGCACCACCUCGUGAGCGACGACGUCUGUCUGAAGGUGGUGGAGCUCUACCUGAACGAGAAGAAGCGGGGCGCCGCUGGCGGGAACCUGUCCUCCCGCUGUGUCCGUGCCGCCCGGGAGACCAGCUACCAGUGGAAGGCCGAGCGGUGCAUGGCCGACGAGAACUGCUUCAAGGUGAUGUUCCUCCAGCGCAAAGGGCAAGUGAUCAUGACCAUCGAGCUCCUGGACACCGAGGAAGCCCAGACGGAGGACCCCGUGGAGGUCCAGCACCUGGCUCGGUACGUGGAGCAAUAUGUGGGAGCGGAGGGUGCCUCCAGCUCGCCCACCGAGGGCUUCCUCCUGAAGCCCGUGUUCCUGCAGAGGAACCUCAAGAAGUUCCGCCGGUGGCAGUGUGAGCAGGUGCGCGCGCUCCGCGGCGAGGCCAAGAGUUCCUGGAGGCGGCUGGUCGGGGUGGAGAGCGCCUGCAACGUGGACUGCCGCUUCAAGCUCAGCACCCACAAGAUGCUGUUCAUUGUGAACUCCGAGGACUACAUGUACCGCCGAGGGACGCUGUGCCGGGCCAAGCAGGUGCAGCCCCUGGUCCUUCUGCGCCACCACCAGCACUUUGAGGAGUGGCAUAGCCGCUGGCUGGAGGACAACGUGACAGUGGAGGCAGCCAGUCUGGUGCAGGACUGGCUGAUGGGUGAGGAGGACGAGGACAUGGUGCCCUGCAAGACGCUCUGUGAGACGGUGCAUGUGCACGGCCUGCCCGUGAACCGCUACCGCGUGCAGUACAGCCGCCGCCCCGCCUCCCCCUGA